AUGGCACAAAACACAAUCCUCCAUGUUUUCAUUGCUGUUCUCUUCCUGCUUUCAAUCAAAACAACAUUGGGUGGAAAAUGUGCACCAGCAGACAUCUUUAUAGGCCAAACAACAUGGAAUGACACUUUGCAACAGAAAAGAUACACAGUGUUGAUUGCUAAUGUUGGUCAAGUUUCUGUUACUGAUAUUCAUGUCUCUUGUGAUGGUUUCAAUCCAAGAGGAUUAAUCAUGAAGAAACCAGGCAUUUUCAAGAAAGAACGCAGGGGUGAUUGUCUUGUUAUUGAAGGAGGGAGAAUCAAUUCUGGAGACUCUGUUACUUUUGAUUAUAUUAAUGAUUUCCAGUUUAACUUAUAUCCCAUCAGUGUCCAAUGUUUAAUGUGA